AUGUCACACGAAGGACAAGAAGAGUUAUUAGACUACUCGGAUUCUGAAGAAAUCGCCGUCCCAACCACCACAGCACCAAGUGCUGCUGCUGGUGAAGGCGCCAACGACAAAGAAGCUGAUAAAAAGGGUUCUUAUGUUGGUAUUCAUGCCACUGGUUUCAGAGAUUUCUUAUUGAAACCAGAAUUAUUGAGAGCCAUUGGAGACUGUGGUUUCGAACAUCCUUCAGAAGUUCAACAAGUUUGUAUCCCACAAUCUAUUUUAGGUACUGACGUUUUAUGUCAAGCCAAGUCUGGUUUAGGUAAGACUGCAGUUUUCGUUUUAUCUACCUUACAGCAAUUAGACCCAGUUCCAGGUGAAAUUUCUACUUUGGUUAUCUGUCACACUAGAGAAUUGGCUUACCAAAUCCGUAACGAAUAUGCCCGUUUUUCUAAAUAUAUGCCAGAUGUUAAGACUGAAGUUUUCUACGGUGGUACCCCAAUUACCAGAGAUUUAGAAAAAUUGAAGAACAAAGAUACUUGUCCUCAUAUUGUCGUUGCUACUCCUGGUAGAUUACACGCUUUAGUCACCGAAAAGUCCAUUCGUUUAAACAACAUCAAGUCUUUUGUUAUUGAUGAAUGUGACAAAGUUUUGGAAGCUGUUGACAUGAGAAGAGACGUUCAAGACAUUUUCCGUAACACUCCUCACCAAAAACAAGUUAUGAUGUUCUCUGCUACUUUAUCUCAAGAAAUCCGUCCAGUUUGUAAGAAAUUUAUGCAAAACCCAUUGGAAAUUUAUGUUGAUGAUGAAGCUAAGUUGACCUUACACGGUUUACAGCAAUACUAUAUUAAGUUAGAUGAAAAGGAAAAGAAUAGAAAGUUGUCUGAUUUGUUAGAUUCUUUAGAAUUCAAUCAAGUCAUUAUCUUUGUCAGAUCUACCCAGAGAGCUAAUGAAUUAAACAAAUUAUUAUGUUCUUCUAAUUUCCCAUCUAUUGCUGUUCAUUCCGGUUUACCACAAGAGGAAAGAAUUGAAAGAUACAAGUCUUUCAAGGAAUUCAACAAGCGUAUCUGUGUUUCUACUGAUGUCUUUGGUAGAGGUAUUGAUAUCGAAAGAAUUAACUUGGCCAUUAACUACGAUUUACCAAACGAAGCUGACCAGUACUUACACAGAGUUGGUAGAGCUGGUAGAUUCGGUACUAAAGGUUUAGCUGUUUCAUUAGUUUCGACCAAGGAUGACGAAGAAGUCUUAGAAAAAAUUCAAUCUAGAUUCGAUGUUAAAAUUACUGAGUUCCCAGAAGAAGGUGUUGAUCCAUCUACUUAUAUGAACACUUAG